UCCUGCGAGAACCAGACACCGGGACGCUCCACCUCACUGGGACCAUUUCUGGGCUGUUCUGCUGCUUGUUUUUGACAUUUUUUGCAACAACAACAACAACAACAAAAAAACUGGACAACUCUUCACAUCAUGAAGGAAAGGAGAAAUACACAACCGCUGGUCGUGAGAUGUAAACUGGUUCUUGUGGGAGACGUUCAAUGCGGAAAAACGGCGAUGUUGCAAGUCCUGGCGAAGGAUUGUUAUCCAGAGACCUACGUGCCCACGGUAUUUGAAAACUACACAGCCUGUCUGGAGCUGGAGGAGCAGCGAGUGGAGCUCAGUCUGUGGGACACUUCAGGUUCUCCAUACUACGAUAAUGUGAGGCCCCUGUGCUACAGUGACUCAGAUGCAGUUUUGCUGUGUUUUGACAUCAGCCGCCCAGACACUGUGGACAGCAGUCUGAAGAAGUGGAAAACUGAGAUCCUGGACUUCUGUCCCAGCACACGUAUCCUGCUCAUUGGCUGUAAGAUUGACCUGCGCACAGAUGUCUGCACGCUGAUGGAGCUGUCCAAUCAGAAGCAGACUCCCAUCACCUAUGAGCAGGGCUCUGCUAUGGCCAAGCAGCUGGGUGCAGAGACUUACCUGGAGUGCUCGGCGUUCACCUCGGAGAAGAGCAUCCACAGUGUGUUCCGCACGGCAGCGAUGGCGUGCAUCAACAAGCUGCAGCCUCUCCCGAAGCCCAGCCCCACCCGCCGCCUCUCCAAAAGACUUCUCCACCUGCCUAGCAAGUCGGAUUUGCUCUCCUCCACCUUCAAGAAGGAGAAGGCCAAGAGCUGCUCAGUCAUGUGAGUGGAGACCUCUUGGGUUACAGUCCUCACACGCGACUCCCAGCCCCUGCCUCUUUGGUCUCGGGGAAGGGGGGGUGGGCAUGAUGGUUUUAUCAGGGCUUCCUGCUGAAUCCUUCCCUCACCCCCCCGGAAACCAAACACCGCUCAGAGGAGGUGGACACCACGCUGUCCACUUGCUCCUGAACCUUUUAGCGCACAUCCAUCUUUUCCCACUACUGUUUAUCUUGCUUUCAAACAAACAAUAUCAGUCAAGGUUUGAUCAUCGAGCUAUCAUUUUUUCACCUGUAAACAGUAUGCAACUACAAUGGUGUUACAUCUGUCUGAUUUUACUAUCUCUAGGCACAUGUUGAUUUUGUCCAAAUUGGAAAUGUGCAACGUGUGACGUUUAAUCUUGUGAUGUAAAUGCCUCUCAGACAAUUCAAUGGAUAUUUUUCUAAGUACAAAAAUAAAUCUAGCAUGAAACCGUCAGGAAUUAGCAAAAUCCUGUACAUCCCUCUUAGUAAGGUGUGUGAGGUGUGAAAUAGCUUGUCGCUGUUGUCCCCAUUUAGGCUUGUCAAAGCACCGAGACGCAGAGGGAGCAGUGGGACAAACCACAGUGAGAGCUAUUACAUAGAGAGCUGCUCUUGUUGUCUCGGUGAUGAUGAGAGCAGGGAUAAGAGCUGUGAGCGCAGGCUGCUGUGCAGACGACAGUCUAGACUAUAUCAACCUGCAUGGAUUGUUGAUGCAUGGUUGUGUAGCUCCGGACAGCGCUGCUCCACUGGCUUUCAGUGGACUAAAUGGAGGAGGCUGAAGAGGCUCUGUGUGUGUACAAAAUGACCUCAGAAAUGAGGACACACAAAAAAAAAAUAAAGGGAAGAUUAGCUGUGCUUCCGGUGUCUCAGCCCUCAGAGUUGGAGUCUAUUUUGAAAAACUAUCUCAGUGAUGGGACAGACACAUUUUAACAGAUGAGACCCUUGUUGUUGUUGUUGUGACCAGGAGCAUAAACUCAAACGGCUCAACGCUGGUCUGCGGAGUGUUAUUUAUGUGGCUGGUUAUCCAUGCCAGUCAAAGUGUUAUGAGGCAUAUUUAAAAAGCAUAAGAUAACGCCUACCUAAUUCAGGCUCACUGCUAAUGGGAGAAUCUGGUUUGUAGUUUCAAAAAUUCCUGGGAAGAUUUGUAGCAUUGCAUUGUUGACAGUUUUUCAACAAUUCUCAAAUGGUAUGCAGUUUUGAAAAAUGCCUUUCAUAUCAUUUUCCCAGAAGUCACUGAGAUUUUUUGACUACUGUAAUAUGCCUGUGGAUUUCUCUCAUUUGCAUUAAUCCAAUGUAGCACUCCCAACCUGACUAUUCUUCCAAGAUGACUCUAGUUUUUGUGUCAUACCCUCUUGUUAAUCUAUUGACCUCCAAUAAGCAGCACUUACUGUAGGUUACUAUGACUAGGGAGCAAAAAUUGGACCCUUUUCUGAGCUUAAAUCUUUGGCUUCAUGGUUAUGUGUGUGUGCAGCCUUGAUCUCUGUGCUUCUAACCAUAAAGCAAUAACGAUUUAAGUGCUUGUGAUGCAAGGUAACCAGUGUGGCAAUAAAAACGCAGCUUUGUGAUUACUGUCAUGCUAUAAGUGCUCCAUGGACAUCCACGUUAUAGACUGAAACCACCUCUGCUGUACAAAGAGGCUGCUGAUGUGUGUUUGCCCCUCCUCCUCCGUGUAAGUAGCCACUGGUGUAUAAAAUAACCAAUGGUGACGUUGUGCUAGGAAAAAAGAUCAGAGUUUGUGAAUAAUAGGAAGCAAUGGUCUUUGAGUUGGAAAUGCUAGACUUUGCUGUCAACUUUACAUAAUCAUAAUAAUAAAAAAUAAAAAAAUAGCAUUGAGGCAGCAGGACUUGCUUGAAUUGCUUGUGUGAGUUAAAAUUGGAAAUGUACUUCGAAAGUCUCGCAAUCAUCUUGUAAAAAGGGCUAGUGUGUGUGGGGGGGGGGGAAGGAAAUGAUGUGGGACUAAAGGAGAACAAGUAAUCAAAAUGCACAGGCUGGCCCUGUCCAAAGAAAGCUAUUUUUCCAUUCUUCUUCUUCUUCUUUUUUUUUUUUUUUUUUUUUUAGCAUGAUGUGAGUCCCAGUGUUGUUUUGGAAAUAUCUUCCUGAAAAUGGUUGUAGCGUCUUUAUGGAGCUGUGGACUGCCCCUGGUAGUCGGAGGAACUUAAAGUGGUGAUUUGCACAAAGGCUUCCAGUUCAUGUUCACACACCAAAUUCCUCAGCAUUGCCUAGCAACAAUUCAGCGUAGGAAACACAGAGACUGGCUCUUGGGUUGGUUGUGUAGACAGAGACGGUUGGCUCACAAGCAGACAUCCCCACAUUCAUUAUUACAGCAUCAGUUCUACGUUUAUUACCAGGCUCGGUUCGAAAAGGAAAAAAACAAAACAAAAAAAAAAAAACAUUUCUUGAUAUGUUUCUUUGGGUUUUGGGAUGUGAUGCCGGGCCUUGUGACGAUGGGACUGACAGGCGGCUCACGGACCAUGUCAGUUAAUAUGCAGCCUUUGUGUUGUAGUCAGUGUGUGGUACAAUGGUGCAGUCAAACUCCUAAGCAUGUCCUAUUAAAGUUGUAUGAUUGUACAUACCGUCUCUUGUUUUAUAAUCAUUGUAAGAUAUCUUCAAAGAUGUCACAUGAAAAUAUUGUUGAUGUGAGUAUUUAUUUGGUAGCUAUUUUUGCCCUUUUUUUUUUUUUUUUUUUGAUCUACAUGUACAUUUGUUUAAGAUCAAUUUUGGAAAUUUUACUUUUUUUUUUUUUUCUUUUUUGUUUGUUUUGUUAUUUUGUUUUUCUGCUGUGUUAAAUAAAGCUUGCCCUGUCUGGCACCCUCAA